AAAUGGCGCAACUUUUGUGAAUCUUUUAAGGAAGAAAUUGAGGACUACAACAUGGGUACUUUACUCAGACUAGACUGUGAAGGCGAUUACACACCAGAGAACACAACUUUCAGUGUAAGAACACAGUUUCUUGCUAUAGAAAUUGCCAGAAAUAAGGAAGGAUACAAUAGCUGUGUCCUAAGAAAAAAGCAGCAGCACGAGGCAGAGAAACAACAAAACAAGGAAGUCUUGCCGGAAACUACAACCCAGGACUCAUAG